CAGAUACAUAGGCAAGAUACAUAGACACAUAGAUACAUAUAUACAUAGAUACUUAGAUACAUACAUAUAUACAUAGAUACAUAGAUACAUAGAUACACAUGCCCAGGCAACGUUGGUAACAAUAGGCAUGGUGUACUUACAAGGUACUAGUAUGAUGUUGAUGUACACCAUGUGUGUAUCACGUAUCGUGGAAGCUGCACCUCAGCUUGUGGACCAUGUAAUAGUCUUAGGGAUCGAUGGUCUUGGCGGUGCCAAGGCCGAGCAACUAAUGAGUAGUGGAGUUAUGCCGAAUCUCGCCGAUAUCAGAGCGAGUUCUAUUUAUAGCAUGCACUGCAGAGGCGACUUCCCCACAUCCAGCGCAACCAACUGGCACGCGAUUAUGGCGGGCGCUUCCGCCGAGAUGACUGGCGUGGACUCCAACAACUGGCUCGCCACCCAACCGGAUAUAGCCGAUGUCAAUGGUAUCUGCCACAACACACCCACCAUCUUCUCUCUGUUACGCUCGCAACGUCCAAAUGCGACGUCUGCGCUAGUGUCCGGGUGGGAGGCAUUGCUGGGCAUUGCAUAUCCCAAGACAGAUAUCACACACACAGUGUACCAUGAACAUGUGGAGGACAGUGCCGAUGAGAUCAUCCGCAUUCUAAGCGCGGAUCACCCGCCCGAGUUCACAAUGCUGCAGAUCAACGAGUUGGACGAAGCAGGCCACGGCCACGGCUACGGCGAUGAGUUCAAUAAAGAGGCUGCGCGGGUCGAUGUACAGAUCGGUCGAAUGGUCUCCUUCGUGCAGAACAGCACGGUCAUGUGGAAAAAGACUAUGUUGCUAAUUGUGGCGGAUCAUGGCAGAGAACCAGAUGGUUACAACCACGGAGGAUUAACCACUCUCGAGCUAGAGACCAUGUGGUUGGCACUAAGUCCAGUGCUCGACACAGCGCACGAACUCACACCAGUGGGCCGCAGUUUAGUCACACCCAUUCGAUCGGUGGACACAGCCCCGACCGCAGCGUAUGCACUCGGACUGGAGAUCCCAAUACAGUGGAGAGGUCAUCCAGUACGUGAGCUGUUCAACUCAUCGAGUUUCGGGCUAAACUACAAGUGGCCCCCCAAUGACAGGUGUGAUGCUCAGCUGUCGGGUGUAGUGCUAUAUACCCACCAACCGUCGUAUGUCCUGGGGCUGUGGAAUGGCGUUAUUCUGACAUUCUCUGUUCACACGGAAAGUUGUACGGGCGAUGACGCUGUGGUACGGCUACAGAUGAUGGCACCCUCGAGACGUAUACGAACCAUCGUAACACCUCUCAGAUGACAAGGACACUCUCUGAUGCGCAUCAAACGCCUCCACAGUGUUAGGACUAGUCGUGUUCUUCAUGCACGCGAUCUCACUCAUGGGGUUCCGACGGCUGCCAUACAUACGCAUUGGGUAUCACACGGGACGUGUCGAUACGAAAGGGGAGGACGGGUCCUUUGCUAUGCGACUGCUGUCUGAGAGCGCCGAUUUAAAUGCUGUUGGAGAGAAUCUCGACGACGCUUUAGGUGAGGAGAUGGAUGACAACGAGCACUCGACCGGAACAGCUUCUCAAUCAUCGGAUGGUCAAGCGCGCACGUGCUGCAGUGCGUUCAGAGACAUUCGCUUCUACACGGACUGUUUGUUCUUGCUGCUGUGUAUACUUGGGCUGGCGGUAGUCGUACCCACAAUGAUGCGAGUUAUUUGAGACCUCCUAGUCUAGCGAAUGCACAGCCAUAGUACCCGCCUUCAAUUUGCUAUGGUGUGGAGUGUAUCGCAUAUACAACCAUAGUAUUAUUGAGGUCAGAUAACAGGCCUGUCCAACACCUUAAUAUGGCGGAUAUUAUCGAUGGAAGUUUUAUUUUCCCCAUUUAUGGCAUCUUUCCGACUGCUGUACGGUCGGAUGUUGGCCGUAUAGCCUUGCCACUGACAACCGCGAGCUAUUGAUGGGUUGCUUUGUGCCAGUCAGUGGGAUGGUCAUAGACGUUAUGUUAUACCGCUAUGCUAUACAAUAGCAUUAAAUAUCAAGCAGUGCGUAUACUACACCUGUAUAUGAAUAUGCGGACGCUGUACGUACCGCAAUUUGUUACGCGACGGUACGGCACGUCCGAAGGACUGCGCCGCAAGGGAACUCUGGUGGACAACUCAGCACAGGUGAACGUUGUUACAAAGCAGCAAACACACACACAGGCUUUACGUACGCGUACACACACAGAAAAUACGAACGUGUGCACUACAACAUACACUGACACCGCAAUAUGCACUGAAACAGCGAUGUGCACUAACACUGCGAUAUACACUGACGCGUACGCGCGAACUCAUGCUCGCAGCCAUACGCACGUGCAUGUGAGUCAAUUAGUCAUUGAUUCAUAUCUUCGGAUUUCGGCACCAACCAUUGUGGAGGCUACAUGCGAGUUUGAGCCAGCCAGUCUUGAAUACGCAUGAGUAGAUAAAAUUCCUUUCCAAUACAUAGAGAUUUUAUAGUAUCGCAGCUGUGCGAUGUUUCAACGAAGC